AUGGAAAAAUUGAACCUAAAACCUGGUGAAAAAUGUUCUAAUUUGGCUUUUAUUUCUCCCGAAGUAUUAAAAAGAGAAACAGAGUGCGGAGGAGUUAAUUUACAAAGUGAGAAUGAAAUAUUUUUUGUCCCCAAAGGGAGCAAACUAAUUAGGGAAAAAGAAACCCAAACAAAAUUGAGUUGUGAAGAAAUUGAAGAGUUGACAAAAAAAUUAGAAGAAUUAGAAACUAAAUUAUCAGAAGCCGAAAAACUAAAAAGAGAUAAUAACCUAGAAGUUCAAGACCAAAUAACUGAAUUAACUACUGAGCGAGAUAACAUUCAACGAGAAUUAACUAACCAGCAAACUGAAAUAACUCAAUUAAAUAAUAUUUUACAAACUACUCAGCAAGAAAGAGACCGAAUUCAGCAAAAUAGUUUUACCCCCGAGGGAUAUGAGGAAUUAAAAACAAAAUUGUUUGAAAUGAUUUUGCGAGAAAUAAAAGAUUGGGAAUUGAUUUUUUCUGGCACUGAUGAUGUAGAAUAUUUUCGACAUAAACUAAGCAAAAAGAGAAUAAAUGUAAACGCUGUUUUUGGUUUCAAGCAAAGUUAUCGAAUAAUGGGAGAAUUAGGCUACCGAAAAAAUAUUUGGGAAAAUUACGAAGAAACAAUAAAAGGUUGGGAAGAAAGAGAUAGGCAUAAUAGCAAUAAUCAAUCAUCCCAACCUGAAACCCAACCAACUAAAAAUCCAACUCAAGAGCAAACCCCUCAAAACAAUUCUCCUUCAAUCAACAAUCCUCCAACUUCAAACCAAAAGCCAGAAAACCAAAACAAUCCUUCCCCUAACCAAGACCAACUAACCGAACCAACUAAUAAAGACAAUUCACCUACUCCAUCAGAUCAAUCAAAUAAUCCCCUCCCCUCCAAUACCGAUAUCCAAUCCCACUGCAAUUCAGAUAAAGAUAAAUCAAUCAUCGAAAAUAACUCUACUCUAACCACUCCCGCACAAAAAGACCAAGCCCAGGAACUCCUAAAACUAAUCAUUACCACGGAACCAUUAGUUAAAGAUCAGAAGUUUAAUCAACAAAUUUUAUCUCAACUAAUUAAAGAAAAAGAUAACAAUACUCUGGCUUAUCAACUCUUAAAUCAAGAAGGAAGAAUAGAGCAAGCAAUCAGUCAAUUACAAAGUAUCCAAAAAAAAUUAAAGAAUAAUGAUAAAACAGUGGAUAAUCAUCAACCAUCUGCUCUUUCUCUAUCUACUAAAUUAUUAAUUGGCGAAAAAAGUGAAAUUUCUCCCCCGAUAAGUGGCAAAAAAAAAAGCCUCUUGUUGACCGGUAAAAAUGAGUAUGAAAAAUUAGACCGAGAAUUAAAAGAAUAUCAGGAGUUAAGUCAAGAAGUAAGCAAGGAGGAGCAAAGUUUUCUCCUAGUUGAGAUUAAAAAUUUGGAAGAAAAAAAAGCGGAAUUAAUUAAUAAAAUUAAAGAACAAAUAAUUGAAGAAGAAGGAAACA